AUGAUUGGCCAGCGACAAAACCAGUCAUUCCGAGUAAAGGACGGUCGCACGGUCGAGGGUCAAGUAUAUCCCUUCCGACUGUUGCUCUCCCUUCCGCCGUCGCUCUCCCUUCCGCCCGUCGCCCUUCUUUCCCCCUCGUCGCCCUGCCUUCCGUCCGUCGCCCACCCUUGUUCCCGUCGCCCUCCCUUCCCGUCGCCCUCCCUUCCCGUCGCCCGCGCUUCUUCCCGUCGCCCUCCCUUCCCGUCGCCUUCCCUUCCCGUCGCCCGCGCUUCUUCCCGUCGCCCUCCCUUCCCGUCGCCCUCCCUUCCCGUCGCCCUCCCUUCCCGUCGCCCUCCCUUCCCGUCGCCCUCCCUUCCCGUCGCCCUCCCUUCCCGUCGCCCUCGCUUUCCCCGUCGCCCUGCCAUCCACUCCCCGUCGCCCUCGCCUUCCCUCCCGUCUCCCUUCCCAUCUCGCACACUUGUCACCCUCCCUUUUCUCUCCCUACUCCCUCUUUUCCCUCCCUCCAAUAAUCGCCUUCCUUCCCCCAACUUAUACCCCUUCCCUGCUUCCCCCCAUCCCCUGCCCUGCUUCCCCCCAUCCUCUUCAUUCUUUCCCCGUAUCCCCAGCCCUGCUUCCCCCCAUCCCCUUCCCUGCUUCCCCCCAUCUCCUUCCCUUCUUCCCCCCAUCUCCGUCCCUGCUUCCCCCCAUCCCCCUCCCUGCUUCCCCCCAUACCCCUUCCCUGCUUCCCCCCAUCCCCUUCCCUGCUUCCCCCCAUCCCCUUCCCUGCUUCCCCCCAUCCCCUUCCCUGCUCCCCCCCAUCUCCAUCCCUGCUUCCCCCCAUACCCCUCCCUGCUUCCCCCCAUCCCCUUCCCUGCUCCCCCCCAUCCCCUUCCCUGCUCCCCCCCAUUCCCUUCCCUGCUUCCCUCAUCCCCUGCCCUGCUUCCCCAUGUCCCCUGCCCUGUUUCCCCCAAUCCCCUUCCCUGCUUCCCCCCAUAUCCUUCCCUUCUUCCCCCCAUCUCCGUCCCUGCUUCCCCCCAUCCCCCUCCCUGCUUCCCCCCAUACCCCUCCCUGCUUCCCCCCAUCCCCCUCUCUGCUUCCGCCCAUACCCCUCCCUGCUUCCCCCCAUCCCCUUCCCUGUUCCCCCCCAUCCCCUUCCCUGCUUCCCCCCCAUCCCCCUCCCUGCUUCCCCCCAUCCCGUUCCCUGCUUCCCCCCAUCCCCUUCCUUGCUUCCCCCCAUCCCCCUCCCUGCUUUCCCCCAUCCCCUUCCCUGCUUCCCCAUGUCCCCUUCCCUGCUUCCCCCCAUCCCCUUCCCUGCUUCCCCAUGUUCCCUUCCCUGCUUGCCCCCAUCCCCUUCCCUGCUCCCCCAUGUCCCCUUCCCUGCUUUCCCCCAUCCCCCUCCCUGCUUCCCCCCAUCCCCUUCCGUGCUUUUCCCCCUCCCGUUUCCAUCGCUUUCCCCCUCCCGUCGCCCUCGCUCUCCCCCUCCCGUCGACCUCGCUUCCCCCCUGCUCACUCGCAUUCCCCCUGCUCACUCUCUUUCCCUCUGCUCACUCUCUUCCCCCUUUCUCACUCUGCCCCCCCUUCCUCACUCUGUUUCCCCCUGCUCACUCUCUCCUCCUCACUCUAUUCCCCCCUGCUCUAUUCCCCCUGCUCUGUUCCACCCUGCUCACUCUCUCCUCCUCACUCUAA